AUGCUUUCGCCUGGGACCCAUGCACCAUACCACGAGGCCACAACUACGACCACAAACGUAUCUCUGCCUGAGGCCUCUGGUGAUCAGAGUCAUCAUGAGAUGCAAGACGAUGUGGCCUAUCUGUCCUUAUCAGCAAUGGCGGAGCGUACAGACAGUCAAGUAUUGUCAGCCGAGGGUCUGUCGUAUUCCAGCAUGUUGUAUGCAGCUACUGAAGUGUCUGGCUCGGAUCUUACGCUGCCUAUUAAUACCAACGAAGCCCUCUCUGGGCCACUUGCUGAGCUUCGACAGAGCAGAUUGCCUGAUGUAGACCUGGCGAGCACCGAAUUAAGCGCAGCAUAUCGUUGUUACGUCGAGAUGAUUUGUCAGACCUUCCCCUACAUGACAGCUGCUGAGCUUACAGAAUGUCACGAUAGUAUGACUAUGAGGCAUGGGAACGAUGAUGGUCCACAGCCUCUCCCGGAGCACCUGGCCAUUGUAUACCUUGGAACUGCAACUGGUCUUCUUCUGGGCAUGCACUACACCUACAAAGAGAUGCUUGCCACAGAGUUUGCACUCCGAGCUGUUCGUCUGAUGCCAAAGAUCUUAGAUCAUGCUGGGAACCUUUCAGCUAUACGUAGCCUCAUAGCCCUAGUCAUCUUCUCGAUGUACACUACCUUUGGAGGUUCGACUUGGCAUCUGCUUGGCUUAGCCAUGACCCGCUGCAUCUCUGCUGGUCUGCAUACCAUCCGCUUGUCCGAUCACAGAUCGCAAAAUAAUGAACAGCGAGCUGGCAGUAGCCUGCUAUGGACGUUGUACAUUCUCGAUACAUAUGUCAGCACCAGUCUAGGUAGACCAUUCUCCCUUAACGAUCAAGACAUCAUGGUUUCGCCGCCAACAUCGCCACCUUCCGGAGUAAACGACACGAAUGUGGAAGAAGCAACACUUCGGUGUUUAAUACAACAUGCACAAAUGAUAAGGUCCAUCCGUCAGUCCAUCAAACCGGACGACGGUAUCUUAUGUCAUUACAUUAACAUCCGCCACUGGGCGGAGACAAUACCUCCACAAAUACGGAUACCAAGAGACCACAUCGUCAGUUUGUGCUCGAAAGCAUACGUUCAGCUCCUCCAGAGUGAACGUUUUCUCCACGACCUGGAUCGAGCAAGCAUACUGAAACAGGUCAUGGGGGUGUUUGACUCCUACCUCGAGAAGGUUGAAGAGCAGCUCAGCAAUCCACAGUCUGGUGCUAUCGCAGGCCUUGAAGCGCUGCACAUCUUUGCUAUCGGUGUCAUAUUGGCAACACGCCCAGAUUUACAAAACGUCAGAGACCCGCAACAGAACGCAAACGUACAAACGAUAAUAUCUCAAGUACAGAUAGGCUUGACCUUGUUGUCCACCCGGUACUCGGUUGUGCGGACGUAUCGCGACAUUGUGCUAGAGCUACAACGGAUAAAUAUUAACUCGAGCUCGGUGGAGAAGCUUCGUUCGUUAGUCGCCGUUUCAGAGCUUUCUGUUCCAAUCCAGCUCCAGAACUUGAUUCUCGGAUUUGCAUCAUCGAUCGAAGCUUGA